GAGCCAUGCAUUCCUCCAAAACCCAAUAUACGGUGUUAAUGGGAGACUUCAAUGCAAAACUAGGCACAAGAGAGAACGGUGAGCUGAAAGUAGGGAAAUUUGGAAUAGGGCAACGGAACCCAAGGGGCCAGCAGUUGGCUGACUUCAUGGAGAAAGAGGGACUCUUUAUGAUGAACUCUUUCUUCCAGAAGCGGCCCCACAGGAAGUGGAUCUGGUCGAGCCCCGACGGUUCGACAAAAAAUGAGAUUGACUUCAUUAUGACGACCAGACGACAACUGUUCAGUGAUGUCUCAGAGAUCGCGAGGGUGAAAACCGGCAGCGAUCACCGAAUGGUUAGAGGCACACUGAACCUAAACGUUAAGUUGGAGAGGUCUCGUCUAAUGAAGUCAACGCUCCGUCCCCCUCGUGCUCUAAUCCAAAGUCCCGAAACCUUUCAGCUCGAGUUACAAAACCGUUUUCAGUGCCUAGAAGACUGCAAUGAAGUGGACGAUUUGAAUGACAAGCUCGUGGAAACUGUCCAUGCGGUCGGAGCUAAGUUCUGUGUGGGGAUUCCACCACAUUAUUACACACACCUCAUAUAUACACACAGAAACACAAUAACACUUACACAUAAACACAUACAACACCUACAAUAAACGUAAUUAAUUAUAUAUUAUGUAACCAUUAUAGAACAAGCAUUUAACACAUUGGGACCAUUGUGGAUCGACCUUUUUCUAGACAGAGCGGCCGGGGAUAGAAUCGCGGCGCUCGCGUAUAUCCUGUUAUACUUGUAUCAAGUUAGUUACCUGCUGAUCGCCUCUGCGACUAGACCCUUGUAACACCUUUGCGCCCGCGGCUAACCACGUACAGUUUAUUUGUUAAUGCUAUCUCUUACUUUCUUGCUUGUGCUAUUCUUUGUAACUAUGAUUGUGCUCGCUUCCCUUCUGACUCUUUAUUGUAGUGUGCUUUGUGUCGUGGACUAUUAAAAGACUGUGAACGUUAAUAUAAACUGUUUUCUUCACUGAACCUACGACGCCUUACGCCAUUUUGACCUACAACUGGUGACCCCUGCAGAAGACGCUACAGGUACAAUGAGUAGUGGUAGUGAAUCGCCAAAAACGGCAUCAGAACAAAAUGUUACCACGCGCCCAUGUACAAGGCGCAAGCACAGAUCGCACGUCGACCUUACAUCAGACGUUAAUCGAGUUAGCGUACGUAUACCCCCAUUUUGGCCGGACGAUCCUGAAUUAUGGUUUGCGCAAAUAGAGGGUCAAUUCACAAUUUCAAACAUAUUAUCGGAUACCACAAAAUUUUAUUAUGUGACGAGUAAUUUAGAUCCUCAAUAUUCUAAAGAAGCAAAAGAUAUUAUUGUUUCUCCGCCUUCUAGUUACAAAUACGAGAAACUUAAAGACCAACUGAUUAAACGCUUGUCAGCAUCGCGUGAAAGGAAGAUUCAGCAGUUACUCAUGCACGAGGAAUUGGGAAAUCGGAAACCUUCCCAAUUCUUACGACACCUGCAGAGCUUGGCAGGUCCCUCGGUACCCGAGGACUUUAUACAGAGCAUAUGGAGCAGCCAACUUCCCAACAACAUCCAAACGCUGAUUGUGUCGCAACCAACCAGCUCAUUGGACGUUUUAGCCGAUCUAGCAGACAGAAUAUAUGAUAUUGUUAGAAGAGAAGGUCUGACGACGCCGCGCCGGGCUAUAUAGGAGGGCGGCUGGCGUCACUCGCCCCUUUUUGCCGACGGUCAUCACGGAGUGCGGAAGCUUUGCUCGAAUACUAGCGUCAUUAUUUUGAACCUUGUUUUAAGCUUUUAAGUUAGUUAAUAUUUGUUAGGCCAAAGGCCAUUAAAAUAUUUUAAAUAAAGUCAAUUCGUGUUUCUAUUUGUAACAUCAGAAGUGGGAUCAGAAGGCUGAAAAGCCGCUGUACGCCUAUAUUUCUGGUUUUAUAAAGGAAAACUUAGUUUCCUUUCAGUUGUUUAUUUAAUAUUCGGGCACAGUUUUUGUCUGUGAGAUGCCUAGCAACAAUAAACGCAACAAACAAAAACGCCGUGGGCAAACUCCUUCGCCCAAUCCGAUGGAAGAGAUCCUGAGGAGGCUACGCGUGCUGGAGGAGCAGCCCCGUGCGUCAGUGGAGACGCAAGCCAUUGCAACGACCAGCUCGGGCCCUAGGUGCGCCCUCGAGCUGCCAAACACGACACCAUCGGCAUCGGCAUCGGCAUCGGUGUUCGGGAUGCCUACACCGCCGCGUGCGCCUGUGCCCUCGCGAGUGGGGACGCCGCCGCUGACUCCGCACACUGGCAACGUGGGAUCAACGCAGUCUGAAGACGUGGUGACGAACGCCGUAGAGUGUCUUUUGACCGCUAUCGGCAGUACUCAGGUCAGAUCUAACCGAUAUUUUGUCUCUGAUUUUGAUCCGAAUGUUCAUGACUUCGACACGUGGUGUGAUGAGGUAGAAAGAGCCCGUAUUUCGAACCAUUGGGACGACAGAGAAUGCCUUGCUCGUGUCGGACAUUGUUUUAAAGGAGAAUCUCGCACCUGGCUUAGCCAAUGGACAAGCAGUAUUCGCACGUGGUCCAAUUUCAAAUCAGAACUAAAAGCGCUAUGCCCACGUUCUGUCGAUGUCGCGAACAUGCUUUAUGAUGUAAUGAGGACAGGGUCAGAUAAAUACUCCACAUAUGCUGAGUAUGCUCGUAAAUCACUUUUAAGGUUACGCAUAGUUAAAGGUCUCAGUAGCGAGCUGCUUACGGCUAUUAUCAUUCGUGGAAUUGCAGAUCCACAAAUUCGUGCUAUGGCUGCUAACGCCAAAUUAUCACCUGACUCUAUAGUGGAGUUUUUAUCGAGCUUUGUUAAACCUUCUAACAGCCAUAAUAGGAAAGUGUAUUCUAAUGGUCUCAAUCGAUUUGACCGACCCUCUAAUAAUAGUAACUCGAACCGCAAACCGAUAAAACGUCGAUAUGAUUCCGAAGACUUAAAAUCAAUAAGGUGUUACGAAUGUAAUCAAUUUGGUCAUAGGAGUUUUAAUUGUAACAAACGGUCGAAUACACUCCCGAGUUAUAGUAACGAAAAAACAAUCGCGUUACCGACGAUAUCUCGUAGCGAUCCGUUAAAGUGUGGGUUUUGCAAAAAGGUAGGUCAUUCCGAGGUAACUUGUUUUGCUAAGGAACGCGCAAAUUCUCGGAAUAAUAAUGGUGUCAAUUUUUGUCGCGAAAUCACGGACAGUUAUAAAAAUCGCGACGUCACGACUGCGGUCAUAUCGGGAAUACCAUUAGACGUACUAAUCGAUAGUGGUUCAUGUGUUUCCUUAAUGUCAAAAAAUGUUGUUAAGCAUUUUCCGUGUCAAGUAAAGCCUACGAAUCAGUUGCUACGCGGCUUGGGUGGUAUGGAAAUAAGGUCGGAAUCAUUUGUAACAUUACCCGUCGAGUUUAGCGAUAUAACGAUAGAAAUUGAUUUUUAUGUGGUGGGUGGGAAUAAUUUGAGUGUGCCAGUCAUUAUCGGUACAGACGUACUAAACAGGAAAGGUAUUACAUAUGUUAGGACCGGUGAUAGCCAACGUAUAAUUCAUAGUGAGGCGACUGUAAACGAUAUUCUGCAAGUAAAUUUGAUUUCUUUGUCCGAUCAAGUUAAUACGUCGGUAUUUGGAAAUAAUAGAGAACGAUUACUAGAGAUCCUCACCAAGUAUUCCGAUUUCUUUUUAAGUGGUACCGCGACCACAACGGUGAAAGAUAGUGAGAUGCAUAUCAAAUUAACAACCGAUGUGCCCGUGUACUAUAGACCCUACAAAUUAUCGCAUGGCGAAAAAUUAAAAGUACGCACUAUAGUGAAGGAUCUGCUCGAUAAAGGAAUUAUUCGCGAGUCCGAUUCAGAAUACGCUAGUCCGAUCUUGCUCGUAAAAAAGAAGGAUGGUUCUGAUAGAAUGGUCGUUGACUAUCGUGCAUUGAAUCGAAUAACCGUUAAAACUAGAUAUCCUCUCCCCUUGAUCAACGACUAUAUAGACAGGCUAGGCAAUGGUCGCUGGUUUAGCUCUCUGGAUAUGGUUUCCGGUUUCCAUCAACUUAGAGUUGCAGAAGAGUCGAUUCAUAAGACCGCAUUCGUUACACCAGAGGCGCAGUAUGAAUAUUGCAAGGUACCCUACGGUUUGGCGAACGCGCCUAUAUUUUAUCAGAAGACUAUCUCUAAAACGCUUAAAUCUUUUAUCGAUGCCGGAAAAGUCAUGGUCUACAUAGAUGACGUAUUAAUAAUGACGGUCGGGAUUGACGAACACCUCGUUUUAUUAGAUUCGGUUAUGAAAACACUAACUGAAACAGGUUUUUCAAUUAAUUUAAAGAAAUGUACUUUUGUUACUAACGAAAUAGAAUACUUGGGUAGGAUUAUAAGAGAUGGUCAGGUUAGACCGAGCAAUUAUAAAAUUGAUGCGUUAGUUAAAUCACCACGACCGAGUAAUAUCAAACAGGUUCGCCAAUUUCUUGGCCUCGCAGGAUACUUCCGAAGAUACAUUCCUAAUUACGCACUAAAGACUGCGCAACUGCAUUUUUUGAAGAGAUCGACGAUGGUGACGUCGAACAACCGCGGGACGCGGUGAGUGUUGCUGAGCCAUCCACGAGUUCCUGCUGAGGGCUUCGAGCACGCAGCCCCGUCAGGAGAGGCCGUGUUAGAAGAGAAGGUCUGACGACGCCGCGCCGGGCUAUAUAGGAGGGCGGCUGGCGUCAGUCGCCCCUUUUUGCCGACGGUCAUCACGGAGUGCGGAAGCUUUGCUCGAAUACUAGCGUCAUUAUUUUGAACCUUGUUUUAAGCUUUUAAGUUAGUUAAUAUUUGUUAGGCCAAAGGCCAUUAAAAUAUUUUAAAUAAAGUCA